GAACUGUUUGUAGCCUCUGUAGUCUGUAAUUGAAGAAGAGAGAGAUGGAAGGUUCGAAGACAAUCGAUCAAGAAAUCGGUGGGAUCGAAAAGGAUGCUUUGCGCUUCGGAUUACAGGGCGUUAAGAGCGAAAUUGUUGUUGAUGCUCAUCCCCUCCAAUCAGUACUGGAAUCGACGAGGAUAGAACAAGAGCAAAUGAAAAGAAAGAUCCUCGCUAGCACUUAUGGGUCAGCUUUUCCUUUGAAGAUGGAUCUCGACAGGCAAAUCCUGUCCAGAUUCCAGAGGCCUCCUGGAGCAUUGCCAUCUUCUAUGCUAGGGUUGGAGGCUCUCAGUGGAAGCUUAGAUGACUUUGGCUUUGAAGAUUAUCACCCUGGUCCAUGUGACUCAGAAACUCUCCGGCCAGUGGACAUGCAUCAUGGGAUGGCAGUUCGUCUUGGCCUCUCUAAGGGACCGCCCUGCCCUAGUUUCAACUGAUAUAAUCCCUUUAUGCAUUGUUGUUGGGGUUGCGAUGGUUCCUUCUGUUUAAUUCUGUUGUUACUACGUACCGACUGUACACACUGAUUGAAUGUGUAAUUGAAUGAAUAGCUGGAAACACUCCUAAAGAGUUCAU